CCCCACUACACACUCAUUGCUUCUCUGUCUCCUUGCCGCUAGGGUUUUAACGAAAGCUGCUUUCUCGUCAGGUGAAAACUAAGACUGCGUCAUGGGUAAGGAGAAGGUUCACAUCAACAUUGUGGUUAUUGGCCAUGUCGACAGUGGUAAGUCGACCACAACUGGUCACUUGAUCUACAAGCUUGGUGGCAUUGAUAAGCGUGUGAUUGAGAGAUUUGAGAAGGAGGCUGCUGAGAUGAACAAGAGGUCAUUCAAGUAUGCCUGGGUGCUUGACAAGCUCAAGGCAGAGCGUGAGCGUGGUAUCACCAUUGAUAUUGCCUUGUGGAAGUUUGAGACCACCAAAUACUAUUGCACUGUCAUUGAUGCUCCUGGACAUCGUGACUUCAUUAAGAACAUGAUUACUGGGACCUCACAAGCUGACUGUGCUGUCCUUAUCAUUGACUCCACCACUGGUGGUUUUGAAGCUGGUAUUUCCAAGGAUGGACAGACCCGUGAGCAUGCUCUCCUUGCCUUCACUCUUGGUGUUAAGCAAAUGAUUUGCUGCUGUAACAAGAUGGAUGCCACAACCCCCAAGUACUCCAAGGCAAGGUAUGAUGAAAUCGUGAAGGAAGUCUCCUCUUAUUUGAAGAAGGUUGGAUACAACCCAGAUAAAAUUCCAUUUGUUCCCAUUUCCGGUUUUGAGGGUGACAACAUGAUUGAGAGGUCCACCAACCUAGACUGGUACAAGGGUCCAACCCUUCUCGACGCACUCGACCUGAUCCAGGAGCCCAAGAGGCCUUCUGACAAACCUCUUCGUCUCCCCCUUCAGGAUGUUUACAAGAUUGGAGGUAUUGGAACUGUCCCUGUGGGUCGUGUUGAAACUGGUAUCCUCAAGCCCGGUAUGGUUGUCACUUUUGGUCCUACUGGGUUGACCACUGAAGUUAAAUCUGUUGAGAUGCAUCAUGAGGCCCUUCAAGAGGCUUUGCCUGGUGACAAUGUUGGUUUUAACGUGAAGAAUGUUGCUGUGAAGGAUCUCAAGCGUGGAUUUGUUGCCUCAAACUCCAAGGAUGAUCCUGCCAAGGAGGCCGCAACCUUCACCUCACAAGUCAUCAUCAUGAACCACCCUGGGCAGAUUGGAAAUGGUUAUGCUCCUGUACUUGACUGCCACACGUCUCACAUUGCUGUUAAGUUUGCUGAACUGGUGACAAAGAUUGACAGGCGAUCUGGUAAGGAGCUUGAGAAGGAGCCUAAAUUCUUAAAGAAUGGUGAUGCUGGGUUUGUUAAGAUGAUUCCAACGAAGCCCAUGGUUGUGGAGACCUUCUCUGAGUAUCCUCCUCUUGGACGUUUCGCUGUGAGGGACAUGAGGCAGACGGUUGCUGUUGGUGUUAUCAAGAAUGUGGAGAAGAAGGAUCCAUCUGGAGCUAAGGUUACCAAGUCUGCUGCCAAGAAGGGUGGCAAGUGAACCGUGCAGGUUUUGGCUUAUUCCCAUGGAGAUUACCAUGGCUAUUACUAUAAUAAAGAUUGGAUUGUUGCUGUUAUGCAACCUGAAGGAUGUUUAGGUCUUUGUUUUGAUGCCUAUAGUUGUAAGUCCUCACCGUCAUCUCUUGGAUGCUGUUCGCAGAACUGGGUUCUUGACAGGCGGUGGCAAGGUUACUACUAUCUUGAGUCAGUCUCUGUUUGUUGUGUUAAAAACUCGUCCUUGUUAUAUGUUGGUCAUCCUAAAGUGCUCAGGAGUAGGGUUUCUUCCCUAGCUCGUUGGAAGCUUAUCUACAUUAUAUAAUAUAUAUAGAUUGUUUUUUUUUUUUUUUUCUGGCUAUAUCUUCUCCUCUCCUUUAUCAAAACAAUGUUUAUUCAAAUAGAUCUCUUAUUAACUUGUUUCCCUGCUGAAAGUAGUUGAUGCUUUCUUUAUGUGGGCAAAAUCAUUGAAGGACCUUUCUGUUUGAGAAAUAAGUUGUGGGAUAUAAUCUGACCCUGAUCUAUGGUAAGGUGUCUUGAGCCUUCCAUUGGAAUUAUUUGUUAAUUACAUCGCGCAAAUGUUAGCCCAACAAUUGAACAAAUGUUAGUACUUAAA